AUGACCUGCCCACUUGGGCCGUCCUUGAUUCCCUCAAGCACGUUCUCUUGGGCCGAUCCCGCCGAGUCGCGCUUCCUGGUCUCAAGCUGGCUACGCUGCAAGAAUGUGACCUCAUGGUACUUGUUGUUUGGCCCGAUCUUUGGCUUCUCCUCCAGCAGCCCUCUUCGCCCUUCACUUGCAGACCGGACCCGAGACAUAAUCCUCGGGAUUAAAGAUCUGGAUCUUUCGCGGAACUCACUGACAGAAAUCCCCCGGAGUCUGCCGCUGGUCUUUCCUGGCCUGUGCAAGCUGAAUCUCUCUGGCAACCCGCUCGGUUGUCUGCCUGCGAGCCUCCGCCAAUGGAAGCUGGUGAAACUGAGCGUGGACCCGCCCAUGCGUCAGCCCUCAGGCCGGCGACGGCUUGCUCGCAUCCUGGCCUGCGCAAGCGACCCCCCAACGCUAGCAGAAAGCUGCUUGAGCCGUCUGAUCAAGUCUGCGGCCCGGCCGGGCUUACCAGUCGUUCCCGCCCCUCAGCACCCGCUCCCAGCCCAUCUAUCCCGCGCACUUGCGAAGGGACGCCUCUGCGACGACUGCCACCGCUUCCGGUGGUCAGCUCAGAAGGCCAUAUAUCUUCGUGCCCCUCCCGGGAUUCAACGGGAACCGCUUGAAACCUCACUCCCUCAUCCUAGGCCCUUUGUUCCUAUGCCCCGCUUGCCUCCGCCUUCAUUGCAUCCGCACCCACCCUUCGUAACAAUGGCGCCAACAACUCUAUGCUUGAUUUGUAUUCUUCCUGCUACCCUCUCCACUACAUGA